AGGAGGGGGUCGAAGGGCGGGGGCCGGAGACGGCGGAGGCGGCGCAGGAGGCGCCAUCGUGGGCGGCCGCGCGUCACUGCCGCCUGCGCGAGCGCGCACUGGUGGCGCCCGCCCCCCUGUCCCCCCCCCCACCUCCUCCUCCGCUCCCCCCCGCGACGGCCCCCGCACACCGCUCGGACCGCGCCGGAGACGCGGUGGCGCGGAGAGGCUACCCAGCGGCCCUCUGUGAUGGUGCCGAAGCUGACGCAGCCGCCAUCACCGCCGUCGUCGUGGUUGGAGGAGGAUGAAGUAAAUGCGGUGGCCGGCACUAUCGCCUUCACCAGGGCAUCCGGCAGGGGCGACGGCGCCGAAGCGGCGGUGCUCGGCACGCGGAGUCACAAGCGGCGCCGGGAAUCGGCGUCGCCACACGACAAGAGGAAGAAAUGCCGGCGCAACGAACUUCAGCUGCUGUCCAUGGCCGACACGCGCAACGGGCGUGUGUGGCGCGAUUUCCUCGACUCGGUGGAGACAGUGGCAGCCGUGCCGGCGCCACGUCCGGAUGCAGACAUCGUCAGGGCGGCGCGGGGGCGACGGCACGACUCCGCGGAAACCGGUGGGGGGGUUGGGGAAACCGUGGCGGUGAAGAGGGGUGUGGGAGGACCCCCCUCUCCCCCGGCAUCGCCAGUGCCAAACGACGACUCGGACGAAGACGCAGGCGCCCGCGGUGACUUUAGCUCUGACGAGGAGGAGGGGGAGUUUGAGGAUGAUUAUGACGAGUUGGGCGACUACGAUGAGGACGAUGAGGAGGAGGAUGUGGAGGCGCUGCUCGCCCGCUGGAUUCCCGCCGAUUGCGCACGGCGCCUGCGGGCGCUCACGGAGCGCUACCACAACAUGGCGGCUGGGUGGGUCGCUGUGGGGACGGCGCCGGCCCAUCCGCCGUCCGCCAGUCGAGCCCACGGCGCCGGCGCAGAGGCCGAGCACGAGCCGGGCACCGCCACCCCACCGAGCCACGCCGCCGGCGCGUGCGUGUGCGCGUGUGGCGAUGGUGACACGGGGGCAGCGGCGAGCGGUGCGGUGGACGGAGUGGCGAGCGGCCUGCCAUGCGUGAACGGCGCAUGCGAAGCGAACGGUGCCGAGGCGAGCGUGGGGAGCGAGUGCGGCGCGAUCAUCGACGGCGCGUGCGACGAUGAUGACGACGACGACCCCGCGUGCGGCGCGAGCGACUCGGGGGGCAUGAGCGCGGUGAGCAGCGCCGGUAGCUCGUGCGGCGUAGACGGCGUGGUUUGGUCAACUCGUGGCCCUGGCGCCGUGCGUCUCCUCUUCAGCCGGCCGCUUCGCGUGUCGGAUGUCCGCCGCUGGUUCCUGGAGCCGACCACGACAACGACCGCCGCUGGUGGCGACGGCGGCAGCAGCAGCAGCAGUUCUGGCAGCACCGGCAGCUACGUGAGGCUGAGCAGGACCAGCUCCGAGAAUGCGACCACCCGGCUGGACCGGGGAGUGAAAGGGGGCUCGGCGCGCUACCACCAGGGCCGACAGGGAUCGGCACGGGCCCUGCGCAGGCCUCGACGGGAUGAGGGGCAGGGGAGUCCCCGGCGUCGCCCGGCUGGCACCCGUGACAGCGCCGACGACCGCGUCGGGAAACACCUCAAGAAGUUCGCCGACAACGAGCCCACGCGCCGGGCCGGGGCGGUGGUGGGGACAGGGGGGGGAGCUGUGCGGGCUAGAGGGGGGGGUCAGGUGGCACCGCCCCCCACGGCAGAGGUAGCGACGAGGAGGGCGGUGGAGGUGGUGGCAGCGGCGGCAGCGAGGAGGAGGAGGAGGAGGAGGGGCGAGGAGGAGAGUUCGCGAAUCCUCCGCAAGUACCAGCACAUGAGGGGCAAGGGCCUCCCCAGGAGGGGAGGCCAUCGCCACGGGAACGAGGAGCAGGAGGAGGGGGCGGACUCAACAAGGAGGCGACUGCGGACGACAACGACGAUGGGGAAAGUCGAUCACGAGGAGGAGGAGGCUGCGCCGGCGGCGCGAGGAGGAACCGGCAGCGACAGCGGCGGCGAUGUCGCCGCUAACCGUGGAGGCGACGUCGCCGCCGUGGGGCCCACCGAGAUGAGAAGAACGCGUCGGGCACCGGCGAAUGCCGGGGUCGUCGUCAUCACCGGCACCCGGGAAGGACUGCGUGGCGCUGAGACAGCGGCGCCUAAGCGCCGAGAGAUGCCAGCAAAGGCCACGGAGAUGGCCGUGCCUGCGGCAGCGAGGGGCGGCAUUGGUGGCGGCAUUUGCGGCGACGAUGAUCGUCAAACUGUGAAGUUGGCAGGGCCCGCGAUGGCCACGAGACACGCCGGGAGGAAUGCUUCGCCAGGCGGUGAGAGGAUGGCUCGCACGAGGGCCCAUGGCGCCAUCGAGGAGGCGGAGACGGUCCGGCACGGGGCGCCAGGGGCGGGGUUGGUGCGACGCUGCGGGAAGUCGGGCGUAGACCGAGGGGUGAGCGGGGGGGGCAGCGGCGGCGGCGGCACCAAAACGCAGCAGGGGGAUGCCGCCAAAACCGCACGGGAUGCUGAGAAAGCCACAAAGCACGGUGGUGGAAGGCAGCGUGGCUGGGAGGAACCCUUUGGGGAGUGUGAGAUAUCGCCGCGCAGGCUCACGCGCAAGAGGAAGGCCGAGGAGGAGAUGUUGGCGGCCCACGCUGGCCGUGCUGUCCUCCGCAGGGGGCGGUAAGCUGGCACCGCUCGGUGACAAGAGACUCGCCGGUGGACACGCCGGUGGACACGGUGCACACAGUGGAUGCGGUGGACAAGGUGGAUGCGUGGCAUCCAUGGCCGCGUGGAGAAGACCCGCCGGUUGAUUUCCUCACCUGUCUUGCCGUGAAACGGAACUCAGCCCGGGUCACUGUGUGCAAGUCACGUCGGUGCCGCGAUUCAGUUGUUUUCUAUUUAUGAACUCCGGGCUGCACUGUAAUAACCGCGCUGUGCCGUACGUUUCUAAUUGUAUUAAGAAGCACAGAUGAGAGAGGUCAAGCUACAA